GCCUAUAUUUACAUAUCGGCUCAAAUGCGCUGUAUAUGCGGGGUCGGUCCAGAAACGCCGUGACACUCCGGCUAGCGAAAACUCCGAAGGGAGCGAUCGACCCCUGCACUCCGCGACCCCUUACUGCGGCUCCCGCAACAGGUUACAAGGAAGUGAUUGAACUUUGAUGCCAUCGAACAUAUACUCUUCUGCUAUCAUGGUGGAGAGUGACAAGCUUACAGCAACGGCUGUCGUGAACGGGGACUCGCGGGCGCUGGAGAACCUGUCCCAGGGUGACAGCGAGCCAGAGGGCGCCAGCGAGAGCAGCCCCCUGCCUGCCGCUGAGCCCCCCUCACCGUUCAGCCCCAAAGAGAGUGGAGAAGCCGCGUCCACCCCAGACACCAACACAAACCUGCUCUCCCUGGGCAGAAAAAGGACAAGGAAUCGCUCAGAGACGGAUGAGGAGAGAGUCUGGCAGUGCCAUUACAGCAGGGAGGGCGACGCCCACACGCUGGCCGAGUAUGAGGCCGGCCUGAGGCAGAGGCCCCCGCCCCGUGUCAUCUUCCAGGCAGGCCUGACAUCGCGCCGCAAGCCGCGGGGCUGCGACAGGGGCCGGCAGCGCAAGCAGGAGACCCACAAUGGCCAGGUGAGGAGCCCGAGGGGACCCCUCCCUGAUCUCCUGGAGCCCGACUCCAAGGAUUCCACCCAGAGCAGUUCCUGGGUGUCGCUUUCCUCUUCGGAGACCCUAAUCCAGCCAGAGUACAAGGACAGCAAAGGCUUCCACGUCGGGGAGCUGGUUUGGGGAAAGAUCAAGGGCUUCUCCUGGUGGCCAGGCAUUGUGGUGAGCUGGCAUGCCACUGGCAAGAGGCAGGCGUCCCUGGGCAUGCGAUGGCUCCAGUGGUUCGGUGACGGCAAGUUCUCAGAGGUGUCUGCCGACAAGCUGGAGUCGUUCGUGGCCUUCCCCAAAUUCUUCAACCAGGCCUCCUACGUGAAGCUGGCCUCCUACAGGCGGGCCAUCUUCCAGGCGCUGGAGAUGGCCAGUCUCCGGGCGGAGAAGACCUUCCCCCUGUGUGACGCGGAGAGCCCCGAAGAUCAGAUCAAACCUAUGCUGGACUGGGCUUAUGGGGGCUUUCUGCCCAAAGGCUCAGAGGGUCUGAAGCCCAUGGAGAACUCCGACAGCGGCUCGCUGAACCAGCAGGUCUUGGAUGUUGCUCUGACUGAGUGCUUCCCGGCAGCCAAGAGGCCGAGACUGGGCCUGUGCAAAGCCAAGCAGGGCACGGAGGACGUGUACAGCCGAGAACAAAUGUUUCAUGAAGUUUUAAAGAAUCACAGAAGUAUCGAAGAAUUUUGUCUCUCAUGUGGGAAGACAAGGGUAGCAACGUUUCAUCCGCUAUUUGAAGGAGGCCUGUGCCAAACAUGCAAGGAUGUCUACCUGGAGAUGUGCUACAUGUAUGAUGAUGACGGAUACCAGUCCUACUGCACCGUGUGCUGCGGGGGCAGGGAGGUGCUGCUGUGCGGGAAUGCCAACUGCUGCAGGUGUUUCUGCGUCGACUGCCUGGACAUCCUGGUGGGUGCGGGGGCAUCAGAGAGCGCCCGCGCGCUGGACCCCUGGUGCUGCUACAUGUGCCAGCCCCCAGCGCGCUACGGCAUCCUCAAGCGACGCCAUGACUGGAACAUCAAGCUCCAGGAGUUUUUUGUGAAUGACAACGGGCAGGAGUUUGAAAACCCCAAGAUCUACCCGGCAGUACCAGCGGAUCAGAGGCGCCCCAUCCGGGUUCUCUCGCUGUUCGACGGAAUCGCCACGGGGUACCUGGUGCUGCGGGACCUGGGCUUCAAGGUGGGCCAGUACGUGGCAUCAGAGGUGUGCGAGGACUCCAUCUCGGUGGGGGUGGUGCGGCAUGAAGGGAAGAUCCAGUACGUGCACGACGUGAGGAACAUCACCAGGAAGGAUAUCGCAGAGUGGGGACCCUUUGACCUGGUAAUCGGCGGCAGCCCCUGUAACGAUCUCUCCAUCGUCAACCCUGCCAGGAAGGGCCUGUAUGAAGGCACCGGACGGCUCUUCUUCGAAUUCUACCGGCUGCUGAGCGAGGCCAAGCCGAAGGAGGGAGAGGAUCGGCCCUUCUUCUGGAUGUUCGAGAAUGUGGUGGCCAUGGGGGUGAACGACAAGAGGGACAUCUCACGCUUCCUUGAGUGCAAUCCAGUGAUGAUCGACGCCAUCGAGGUGUCCGCAGCCCACCGCGCCCGCUACUUCUGGGGGAAUCUUCCAGGGAUGAACAGACCACUUUGUGCAUCAGGGAUGGACAAACUGGAACUUCAGGACUGUCUGGAACACGGUCGCGUGGCAAAGUUUGGAAAGGUGCGAACCAUCACCACCCGCUCCAACUCCAUUAAGCAGGGAAAAGACCAACAUUUCCCCGUCAUCAUGAACGGGAAGGAGGACAUCUUGUGGUGCACGGAGUUGGAAAGAAUAUUCGGGUUUCCUGUGCACUACACUGACGUGUCCAACAUGGGCCGCGGGGCCAGGCAGAAACUGCUGGGCCGCUCCUGGAGCGUCCCGGUCAUCAGGCACCUGUUCGCCCCUCUCAAGGACUACUUUGCCUGCGAAUAGGGGCUGAGCCCCCACCCGGAGCAAGGCAGCCUCCUUCUGCGAAAGCGAUCCGUACCACGCCGGUGCUGUCCUCCUGCAGCCAGUUACAGGGUCAUAUUCCGCCAGUCGUUUAUGAUCUCGACGUUCCGCUUGGAACGCCAGGAUGCAGAGUUGUUCCCAACUGUUGUUUACUGUACACACACUUUACCUGUAUGGGCUGGACUCCAUGCUCUGACAAGUACCUCAGCAUCACACCCUGCAACAGUUUUUUAAUAUUUAAAAUACUUUUUUUAAAAAGGUGAAUUUCUGGUCAAAAUUUCAUAUUUGUGGUUCUAAUAUAAAAGAAAAAAUAAUUUCCUUAAAAUACAUGAUGCAAAAGUUAUAAAUGGUUUAACAGAUGUUCCGGAGAUGGUAUAAAAAUACUUGACUAAAAGGUGAAUUUGUCAUAAAAAUUUUGCAUUGAUUGUUUUAAUAACAAAGAAAACAGUAUAAUUCAUAGAUUUAUUUAAGCAUAACACAAAACUUAUAGUUUAUUAAUGUUAUUCCAGAAAUGAUGUUUUAAACUCCCAGUUUUCAUUGUUUCUUUUUUUGUUCAGAAAACUUUUUUGAAGUGCGCAAAGUAAAAACACCACAUUACUUUUGGCCAUAACAUUUGAACUUAUGGUUGGAGUGAUUCGUGUGAACAAAUGAUUUAAAGAUGAAAACAUACGGAAGUUAAUGAGCUGUAUUGUUUACUGGCCAAUAAAAGCCCACGUUUGUGCUUACAUCAGUUUUAUAAUGAAAAAAGAUCACUAGUUAAUGUAUUUUUAGAAUCACAUAUUUGUUGUUUGUCUAAAAAACAUGUUUACAGUAUCAAGGAAUAUUUGGGCAUAUUAAAAUACAUCAACUUAUUAACAUAUUAUGAACUGUUUUUAUAUUUUCUAUACAAAUGGAAUCAGAGGUGGCAAUUUCAGGUCCAGAAAGUAAAAAUCCAGACCAUGAUUUACUUUCAACCAACUAGAUGAGCACUCUGUGACUGUGACUCUUUAUGCUCAACUGGUUGGUUGAAAGUAAAUCAUGGUCUGGAUUUUUACUUUCUGGACCUGAAAAUGCCACCUCUGAACUGAAUGUAAAAUUGUACUUUUUUUUUAAGCUCUUAGCCUAUAUUUUUAAGCUGCAACGAAGUACUGUAUGUUUUUUAAACCUUUUUAUACACUGUAACAUUCGUUUGUUCAUGCGUCUCAGAUCUCUAUGCAGGAGAAUACUUAUAACUUUUUGAAAUAUUAAUAAGAAAAAACGCAAAUGUCCCAGCGAUGGUCGUAUCAGAAAGAAGGAUGUCUGUGACAGCAAUGUGUGUCUGUUAAAAUCGUUCCGCUUCCAAGACGUUUGCCACGUGAGUAAAACCUGCCUCUGAGGAAUAAGGAAUCCACUGUUUCUUUGGUGUUAUUUACACUGCUAGGUGCUACGUUUUCGUACUCUCUCAGUUCCUGCAAAAACCAUUUUGGAAUAUAGGCAUGUAAGUUGAUUUUAGUGUUUGUAGAUUGAGGAUUAUUAUUGAAACUUCUCUUAUUCUCACUUUCACUGUAGACUUUAACAAUGUCUGGUUUUAUAUGUCGCCACCGUGUUACACGUUAUAUUUUGUAACUAUUUCAGGACUCUAGGACCAAUCGUGAAAGCUACAUAUAGCUGUAUGUAUAGUGCAUACACAUGCAUAUAUAUAUUUUCCAGUUUUGUCGUACUAUUUCGUUUUCUUAGAAUGUUUUUGUAUAACCAUGGACCAAACAUGCAUAUAUAACAGUUCUUAUUCUAAGAAUGAAUCACGGGUAAAAUUAGCAGGUGAAUUUACCCGGGAUUAAUUCACCCGGGAUUAAUGGCUCCUGUGCUGAUAAUUUGACAGUGUGGUUUUAUUCUGUUAUCUCUUUGGAGAAGAAGUGACUUGACUCUUCUCACGAUGCACAUCCUCAAUAAAGAUCAUAUGACUCCA